AACCAAAACGAGUCUGCCAAUUUUGCCAAUUUUGUUCUCCUCCUCAAAUCCAUCCUUGCUACCCGGCAUUCUUUGAAAAAAUCCAUUUUUUUAUUUUCAUUUAUUGAAAUAAAAAAGUCAAUUCAAUACAUAUUCCAAUAUUUUUUAAGUGAAUUUUUCUUUAUAAUCUUAUCUCAACAAAUAUGAACAAACAAGAAGACGAUUACGCCUCAGACAGCGAUGAAAGUGAUGAAGAUUUUUGUCCCGACAAAGCGGAAGCAAACAAUUCCGAUGUUGGAGCUAGUGAAGAAGAUUCAGAUGAUCCAAUUUCUGAUAAUGAAGAUGAUGUACCUGUAAGUAAGAAAAAUACUAAAUCAAAAACAAAGAAAAAAGGACGUAGCAAACAAACACAACCACAAACUAAAAAGACCAACAAAGACUCUUCAUCUGUUGUUGAAAAAGUCGAAGAAGAACGUGUUGUUUCUACAAGAAAUCGUGUAGAUACAACAACUAAAUCUUCAAUAGAAAAAACGGAACUCGAAUCCGAUGAAGAGGAUUCAAGUAGAAAGGAAGCUCUUUGGGCAGACUUCCUAAGUGACAUUCCAACAACAACAACUACGCAAAGUAGAACAAAUAAAUCGCCAGCUGUUAGUAGAAAAGUAGAUUCAAACAAGGAAACAGCCCAGCCAAUUGAAAAGAAAGACUCCCGAGUUCCUCCCAAGGAACCCGAAAAGGUUGUCAUUAAACAAAUUUUCGAUUUUGCUGGCGAAGAAGUCGUCGUUGAGAAGGCGGUUAGCGCCGAUAGUAUUAAAACGAAUGGCUCCUCAAAGAAAACCCCAGCGGAAGCUCCUCGAGGAUCUGUUAAGAGACCUGGUGGAGGAUUGGGUUCAAUAUUAGGUCAAUUAGAUAAGAAAAAGAAAAUAAGUGUUUUGGAGAAGAGCAAACUUGACUGGGAUAGUUUUAAGACAACAGAAGGAAUUGAUGAAGAUCUGCAGACAUUUAAUAAAGGAAAAGAUGGUUAUUUACAAAGACAAGACUUUUUGGAACGCACUGAUUUGCGACAGUUUGAAAUUGAGAAGAGUUUGCGAGCUUCUAGAAGGAAACCAAUGUAACUCUCUUCAAAGGAUCUGAAAACUACUAAUAUUCACUUAACUUAUCUUUAAAAUUAAAAAUACACACACAUAAACGUAUUCGAUGUACUUUUGAAUUUAUUUGCUGCCAUGUUAUUUUAUGUUUAUAUACAAAAAAAAAAAAAAAAAAUAACAGAAAUUGUAUUGUAUUAUGCUAUACAGAUUUGAAUUCUGAGGCGAUUAUGUGCGUAGUACGUAUUCGUAAUUAAAUAAAAGAUAGAACUUUGUUUAAGUUGGAAAUAAUAAAAAUUGAUGUCGUCUGAAA